AUGGCGGAGGAUAGCAACCACAGCGUGAGACUGCUAUGCCGCCCAAAGCAACUCAACAAAGGAUCCGACCCGGGUAUCCAUUACUGGUUAAUCGGAUCCCCAUUCUUACCGCCCCUCACCAUCGUCUCCAUACUCCGAUGCAUCACCACCAUCCCCUCCUCCUCUUCCCCCGAUUUACGUAAAGAAUCCGACGAUCUUCUGACCUUAAUUCCGAAAGGAUUUCAACUUACUGGAGCCCUAGCUUCCGGAGACGAGACCGAUGCUCGUGCCGCAAUUGACGCUGCUCGUCAAAUAAGAAAGUUUCUUUAUGGCGGAGGAACUGUGGAAGAACCACCGCUUAUCGGAGCUGUUUCCGAUUUGGAUUCCGGAGAUCUCCGAUUUUUUGUGUCGGUGAGUGGAAAUGCAAAUAGUGGAAUUGAGCCUGUUACAUCGAUCAUACAGGAACAACAUCCGGAGAAAUUUUUGUGGGAGAAUGGUUGCAUGCUUCGUUGUGAGCUUCCGAUUAAGUUGCCAAUCUAUUACCCUCUCAAAAAUCCAACUGAUGUUGAGAAAGCAUAUAUAAAGGCAACUGGAGCUGUUAUUGCCAAGUUAAGAGACCCUCAGGCUGUGUACAUGUUAGAAGCAUUGUGCAAAACCUGUCCAGAUCAACCUCCACCUGCCAUAGUUCGAGGUGUACAAUUAGAUUUUCACACAGACCUCUCCAAAACCAUGCCUUUGGCUAGGAGUGAUGAGGGCUCUGAUGCAAGCUCACUAUCUUGUUCAUACUUUUCCGUCAACAAUAGAGCAGCUUUUUCCAUAGAGAAUGCAGAUAUUAUCCAAGUGAGUGUUCUAUUUAAUAGCUUAGGACCGUCAUCAGCAUCUGCUGCACCUAUUGCAGAAUAUCUUCCAGUCCUGGAAGAAGCCAGACUCGUUGUUGUGGAUAUUAAGCUAGAUGUGUUGUGCUAUUCUUCUAGGGAUCUUCCACUCAGACAUGCAGUUUCACGUUUAAUCAUCCCUGGCUUAAUUGACCAGUUAAAUAUCAUGCAGAACUUUAUGUUGCCUAGCCUAUUGGUACAACAUCCUCAGCUAAAACCUUAUCACUUUAGUCCUCCUGGGAUUCUGCAUCCAAUAACUGUUUUCUAUGAACUGAGUUUUGGGGAGACAGAAAUGAAGCAAGUUGAAUUUAGGAAAUCCUUGCACUUCAAGUUGGGGCUACCUUAUGAUCGUCCCCUUCUAAGAAUUGCCAAUGCCUUGGAUUUUUCAAAAUUGAAAAAUGGUGGUUCUGCCUCUCUACAGAAAGGUUCAGCUUUGCUCAGAGAUGUACACAUUGGGAUUCCAAGCAGUGGGGUUACUGGGGGAACUCUUUCCCUUGUUCAAGGUUCCUAUGAAUACCAUCAUUAUCUUCAGGAUGGUUUCAAUGAUUCGGGAUGGGGUUGUGCUUAUCGGUCCCUCCAGACUAUCAUUUCAUGGUUCAGACUCCAAAACUACUCAUCUAUAGAAGUUCCUUCUCAUAGAGAAAUACAGCAGUCACUUGUCGAAAUUGGUGAUAAAGAUCCUUCUUUUAUUGGGUCACGUGAGUGGAUUGGUGCCAUUGAGUUGAGCUUUGUUUUGGACAAACUUCUGGGUGUUACUUGCAAAGUCAUCAAUGUUAGAUCUGGAGCUGAGCUUCCGGAAAAAUGUCGAGAGCUAGCAUUGCACUUUGAGACCCAAAGUACACCUAUUAUGAUAGGUGGUGGUGUACUUGCAUACACACUAUUGGGAGUGGAUUACAAUGAUGCAAGUGGAGAUUGCGCAUUUUUAAUUCUUGAUCCACACUAUACAGGUACAGAUGACCUGAAGAAAGUAGUCAACGGGGGAUGGUGUGGGUGGAAAAAAGCUGUUGAUAACAAGGGAAAGAAUUUCUUCUUGCACGAUAAGUUUUAUAAUCUACUGCUGCCACAGAGGCCUAACAUGGUUUGA